AAUAAUCAAAAGAGGGCCAGGCAGUGAACACCUUUUCCACUUGCUAAUUAGGCACUGCAUCUCUGAUAAAUCUCAUCUCAUUUUGCUGGGAACAGCAGGGCAGCACCACUGAGAAACAUGAAGUCCACUGGAACUGCAUUCCUUUUGUUCAUCUUUAUCUCGAGCCUUGUUAACGCUGAGGAAAAUACAUCAUCCAUUUCGGCGACACACAAUGGGAUUGGCCCCACAGAUAAUCCUGCAUCUUCAACAACUGCAAACACCACUCAAAAAAACAAUGGGACUGGCCCCACAGAUAAUCCUGCAUCUUCAACAACUGCAAACACCACUCAAAAAAACAAUGGGACUGGCCCCACAGAUAAUCCUGCAUCUUCAACAACUGCAAACACCACUCAAAAAAACAAUGGGACUGGCCCCACAGAUAAUCCUGCAUCUUCAACAACUGCAAACACCACUCAAAAAAACAAUGGGACUGGCCCCACAGAUACUCCUGCAUCUUCAACAACUGCAAACACCACUCAAAAAAACAAUGGGACUGGCCCCACAGAUAAUCCUGCAUCUUCAACAACUGCAAACACCACUCAAAAAAACAAUGGGACUGGCCCCACAGAUAAUCCUGCAUCUUCAACAACUGCAAACACCACUCAAAAAAACAAUGGGACUGGCCCCACAGAUAAUCCUGCAUCUUCAACAACUGCAAACACCACUCAAAAAAACAAUGGGACUGGCCCCACAGAUAAUCCUGCAUCUUCAACAACUGCAAACACCACUCAAAAAAACAAUGGGACUGGCCCCACAGAUAAUCCUGCAUCUUCAACAACUGCAAACACCACUCAAAAAAACAAUGCUGUGGAUAAUACAUCCAGAGACAAUUCUGCAUCUCCAUCAAUCCCAACCAUUCCUGUGGCACACAAUGGGCUUGACUCUACUAUGACUAGGACUACAUCUUCACCUGCAGGCGCCCUUCAAACAAGCAAUCAUAAAAAAAUCUUGUGGGUAAUGCUGCCCGUGCUGAUUGCAUUGGUGGGGAUUGUUCUCAUAGUAAUGAAAUUUAAAUGCUUCACAGACAAAAACAAUCAAGAUGCAUCAGAGAAUGAUACAGAAAAUGUCUCUAAAGAUGGCAUUAUACUUCUUGGAAUGAAGAAACCUGGUGAAGAAACUGGUAGGCAAAUGUGUGCCAGAUGAAAACUGACAGUCGUGAUUGAAACCAACCGCUUCCUGCUCAUAAUUGCCUGCUGUAAAUGAUGCCAUAUUAACAUGAACUACAAGUUUGAAUAAUUGGAGCUGGAAGCUGAGAUAUAGUGGCUGUUCAAAUUCAACCACAGGGGAGGGGAGGGUGGGGGGUGAUUGUGACUUUGAUGUUGGAUGUUGAUGAGGGAGCAGGGUGGGAAAAGAAGAUGUGGAUUGUUUUGUAAUUUGUUGUAUAAUCAUGCUUGCAUGCUUUGGGGAGGGGUGGGGGGAGGGGGCGAAAUGAUCCAAAACAUAAUUAAGUUAUAAUUGAACGCCCCCAUUUCACAAUUUUGUUUUGUGUAUAUUUGUUUGUAAUUUUGCUAUGUACUAAUCAUUUAAAAGUGCUAUGGUUUGCAAAAGUUUGGAACUAGAUUCUUCCAUUAAGUUACACUUCUGAUCCUUUGUAAGCCUUGGUAGGCAGAGUUUGACAAAGGUACAGCUAUUCCCAAAAGUUUUGCAUCACCCUAUAGAAUUAACUAAUUUUGCUUCAUAAAGUCAAAUGAAACCUGCUGAAUAAUUUUACAAUGUAAUUUCUUUCCUAGCAAUUAAAAAGAUGACUGAUUA